AUGAGCUUUGGAUUUCAUCUGUUCCAGGAUUACAACAGGGAAACAAACACUUUCCACCCACGAAUUGUUAUUUACCUCCGAGAAGAUUUAGUUCGCCGACGUCCGUCUAUUUGUCAUCACUGUGUCGAUGGAAGUACUUCCUAUGGGUCCCUGGCUUAUGAACCAAUGAUUGUCUAUCGUCGCUUUACCUAUUCUCGGGAAAAGACCGCCGACAUGUCCUACAGCUUUACAUGCGAUUAUCAGAAGGUUGUUUACCCGUAUCUGGACGAUGUCUUUUUUAAUCUCACAUUGAUUCGCGAAUAUUCUUUUACGAUGACAUCUGUAUUUCUUUUUUAUGCCGAAGUCUUCGUGCGCUGUCUUCUUGAGCGAAACCCAGAUUAUCGAAAGAAUAAUCAAGCUGACAAAGAUAAAAUCGACAGACGCGUUGUCUCUUUAUUAAGAAUCGCUGGAUUGAAGAAAGAUGACUACGAUUAUGCCCAAAUGUCUGACACGCGACUGCUGAUCCUCAGGCAACUCGCCCGAAAAUUGUUCCGUACUUACGCCUUCUGCAAUUACUUUGGACCGAUAAGCGCCUUUGUGCGAUUCGCGCAUCGUAUUGAAAACAUCUGCUUGGAACGGCAAAUAAUCAAUGAUAAUGAAAAUUCACUUUUGGGAUUUACUCGGCAUGCACUUCGACCAACAUUUCACAACGAAGAAGACUACGAUUGGGCACUCUUUAACCUUCUUCGAAAAUAUAAAAACGAGCAGAAAAGCAUCUUGGAUAGUCAAAAAGUCCGAGCUCCUAAGACAAAAGAGGAAAAUUACCCUGACUAUGACACGGAGGAAGACGACACGGCCAAAAUGGUUGCAGGACUAUGCAACCGAGCCCUUCCUAGAGGAUCAUCAAAAAAAUCUCGAAAGAGAAGAGCGUAUUCAAGCUCAGAUGAAGAAGAAAAAUUUAGCGAGGAGGAAGACGAAGAGUCCGAUGAAGAGAGUGGUCAGUACAAAAUCGCCGGUGGCCAGAGAAGGUAUCAGCAGCAAGAACAUAGGGACUUCUAUGAUUCCGAGGGCAGCGAAGAAUUUGAAAAAUCUCGGUCAAAGCGCAAGUUUAAAAAGCCCCAGAGAAAGAAGAAACCAACUGUCGUCCGCUCUAGAACGAAACGCGGGCGAAAACGACUAUAUAAAGACGUGGACGAAAGUGGUAGCGAAGAAGAUGAACGAAAUAAGCGGCAACCGUUCAAACGCUCUAAAAGACAAGCCAAUAAAUCCGACGGUUAUACUAUCACCAGCUCUGAUUUCAGAAAAUGGCGGGAUUCAAUUCAUGACACAAGUAAUAGGAGCUCGAAACGAAAGCGGAAAUAUUACGAUUCCGAAACAACUUCAAAUGAUGAAGAUUCAGACUCGUAUGAAUCCGACGAAUCCGAUUAUGAGGUCAGACGAAAAUCUAAAAAUGCUAGAAAAGAAUCGGGUGGAAGACAUAACAACGCCAGACGAGCCAAUUCCAGACGAUCCCAGUCUGUUAUUGUCGAGAACCCGGCGUACAAAUUUAAGCGACAGAAUGAGCGAUCCAAGCGAUCUGUUGGAAGAGUCACUACAGUAUCAAAACCCCCAAGCAAAUCUAAGUCAGGAAAGUCUAAAUCCGGAAAGUCCGCUAGUAAUAAACACAAGAAGGGAGAUAAGGGAGCCGGAGAUAGUUCCGACGGAGAGAAAUCCGAGUAUGACUCCGAUGGGGAGACAAUGACGUCGAGAAUCGAGGAGUCGCAGACAUCGCAGAUUUCUGGACAAAAUGAUCCCAAUAAUAGUGAUACAAUAACGGACCUAUUCUCUCUGUUCGUCGACGAAGAAACUAACAAGGAUGACUCGUCUUCGAUCGUUCAUUCUGAGACCACAACUUUCCCGAAUUCGGACAACUACGCGACGUCGCCGGAGACCAGGACCGAAACGGAGGACCUCGAGAUUGGUUCGACGUCGGCCUCGUCGGAAAACAACAACGAGGAGACGGAAUUAACGAAAAUGACCGAAAAUUAUGGACAGCUUCUUUAUUACGUUCCAAAAAAGAAAGUCGAAGAUCCAUUUACUGGAUACAAAGUAGUUAUGCGAUUAGCAACACAUCCCCUUGAAAACGAAAUUUGUUUUACAGUUCCUGAGGAUAAGCUUCCCAUAAAACUUGAUCGAUGUAUGUUUCAUUAUCAAAUGGAGAUGCCUUCGAAUUUCGUUCCUGAUAAUGAUGUGGCAGCAAAGAUGGUAAAUAAGUUUGAAGUCAAGAUUCUGGACAGUACUAUCUUUUCUACAUUUACUGAUGGGUUGGAGUACGCCUUCUUCAAUCACUUUAUAAAGAAACUUAACUUUUCACCUAAAGCACAGGAAAUCGAAAUGUUUGUGGAGGGUCAUUUUGACGCUUUCGAUGUUGACAGCGAUGAACUUGAAACGAAACGGGUGAAACACAAUGGAAAAACUCUUGUUGAGAAUAGACAACAGUAUGCAGAAAAGAAUUGGAAACCUGAACCUGAAACAAUCAAAUUGACAACCGAUGGCGCCGCUCUUUCUUAUGAUGUACUUUGAGCAAAUUUAACAGGUGGCAUUUGCCAAGUCCUCAAGCGGGCCGUUUACCUAAAUGGACCGAAUGAUAAAAUUCCCGAAGCAGCCUGGAAGUCGAAGGGCUUUAUUCACAAGUUAGUUCUCAUGCUUGAUUUCAACAGUCUGUAUCCAGAAGCAUUUCGUAACGCUUUGCCGCUUGGACCGGGAAUAAUUUAUAUGCCUGAUAAGAUGGGCUACUCCACUAAUAAUUGUCAUUAUGAAGAAAUCCGAUUUUUCUCAAAGGGUAUGUUUAAGCAACGUCAGAACACGUCUCUCGAAUCAAUUCAAUGGCUCGAAUAUUUAAACAACUGCACAACUGUCGUCAAUUUUUUGGAAGGUCCUAUCCAGCAUUCGUACAAUUUUGAAGAAAAACAAUUUGGUGAAUAUUUCAUUGACGGUUAUGCUGAGAGUUUUGAAAUGGAAUACAAUGGCGUCAGGUUUGUUAAAAGACAUUUAUUUGAAUACCGCGGAUGCGCCUUUCACGUCUGCCCUUACUGCACGGGUUCACCUAAAUAUCCUGCUAAGAAAAAGCUUGUCGAUCCUGGUACCGGGGAAAUAAUUGAGAAACAAAUGACCAAAAUGGAACUGUUCGAGCAUGAGCAAACGCGCAUCGAUAAAAUUGUAGCGAUUAUUCGCGCUCUUGACGGUAUUGGCGAUGGGCUUCCCGAACCGAUUGUUAUUGACAUUGAAACUGGUGCAACAGUGCAACCUGAAGGACCCGCAUACUUUCCACAUCAAAUUGAAAUAAAGAAUUCCUGUCAAUGGAGGCGGGAGUGGCGUUCAUUAGAGCUGAAAGGACAACCUCCGUAUUCGAUCGACUACCCGUUCUUGUUUAAGGGAAGUAGAUCACCUCAAUCGCGCAAACUGUCGGGUCAUGAAGGAGUUACUGAACAAGAAUUCAAAAACGCCAUAACCACUAAAAACUCAAAUGGAGAAUCAUUGUUCUACGGCUUCGCGAUGGUAGAUUUGGAGUCGCCUCCAGAAGUUAUUGAAGCGCAUAAGGACAUUCCACCAAUUUUUGCAAAACAUACAAUCAAUCCUGAAGAUGUUCAAGGUUAUCUAAAUGAGGUUCUUACUGAAGAGAAGAAAAAGAAAAUGUUUCCAUGCCAGGAGAACAUAUUCUGCUACAACGCCAAGAGAUAUAUGAUAACUUCCGAUAUGCUUUCCUACUACGACGCGAAAGGAAUCAAAUACAAAGUUCAUUAUUUUGUUGAAUAUAAACGGGGCUGUCCAUUCAAAGACUUUGUUAACACCAUGGUGGCUGAUCGUGUGGAAGCCUGUAAGAACAAGGAUGAUGCACUCCAAAACUGGAUCAAAUUUAUUCUUAAUUCCGCUGUUGGCUACUUUGCGAUUGAUCGCUCAAAAUUUGUGAAAACUCGAAUUCUAUCAUCAAAUGGUUUAUUUGACGCGAUCCGCGACCCUCGAUUAAAGGAUUUAACAGGGUUGACUGCUUAA